AACUCAAAGGGGUUCCGACUACGUCGUGAUUCCAUGCCCCGUUGUUGUGCUUGAUUUGCUGCCUCGUUGCGGCUGCCUCGUUUAUAGAAGGUUUGUGGCCUGACCAUGACUUGAGCCCUCUCAGGAGGCGUGGUACCGUGUGCAUCAUCGCUCAAAGUGUCUCGCGCUCAAGGGGGGCUUAAGGUCUAUAUCAGCCAUCAGUUCCCGCCCGCGCACGGCUUAUCCCUCGUUCGCAAAGCUGCCCCGGCGUCGCCGGUUGUCUUCAUCUACCUGUUUGCCUCUGUUUGAAAACUGUUGUUCGUCUAAAGACAUAUUCCAGCAUGGCUAGCCAGCAAGGUGGACCGAGCGCCCGAGCGCCCCAUGAUCAUGAUGCAAGGGAGGCGAGUCCCAGUGCGGAUGCGAUACUCGACGCACCAUAUUCGAGCGACGAAGAACCAAGUCCCCAUGGCCUCUCCUGUCGCUGGAGAACAUCGGAAUUCUACGACCAAGAGUGUUGUCGAUACUUUGACUGUCCCUCUCAUCUCGUUGAGAGGCGGCUUUCUGUCGAUGAUACCGGCGAACCCAGCCUUCCGAGAGAGAGCGCCGUCGAGGUGACAGAAGCUCGACAAGACAGCAUCUCCCCGAGGACUUCUAUCGAAGACGAACAUCCAGUAUCUGACCACGACAGCACCCCGGCCGAGCCACAACAGAGAGACGACGAAACUCUAACUGCUGAUACUUCAGCGCCACUAUCAAGCCUAUCAUCUGGGUUAGCUGCUGAGAGAGAGGCUGAGAGCGCGACGAGGGCUGCAUCAGCAGCGAAUUCCGCAGCCCUCCCUGCCAGAACAUCGUCCUUACCGAUUCGCACUCGCGUUCCUUCUAGAAGCAUCGACUUGCGAUCUAACGAUCCGUUGGGUAGUGAUAUCUGGGGCGAGUCCUCUGAUCACGGCGGUCGAGCAUUUACGGCCAGCACAUCGGCAGCGGAUUUGUCAGGCAGCAGCUCACCCAGAAUGUCUGCUCGGGAUCAGUUAUCUGCCGUGUAUGGCGCAGAUACGAAUGAAGGCAGCGGUUUACUUCAGUCACUAUUCGGACCACCUGAGCGCGAGCGCGAGCGUGAGCGUGAGCGCACAGGGUCGGUUGUUCUUCCUAGGUGGCAACCGGAUGCCGAGGUGACAUACUGCCCUAUUUGCCGCACUCAGUUUAGUAUCUUUGUGCGCAAACAUCAUUGCAGAAAAUGUGGGAGAGUCGUUUGCAACUCUUGCUCACCCCAUAGGAUCAUCAUUCCGCACCAAUUUAUUGUUAGAGCGCCUGGAUCAGAAGUACCGCUUCCCCCGGCACUGCUCUACGGCUCGGGUGCGAGCUAUGUCGAUAUGAAUGGACUCUCCGGGGGCGAGCGGGUGCGCCUCUGCAACCCGUGCGUCCCUGAUCCCAAUACUGCACCUCCACAAAGCCCAACUUCUCCUGCCCUGUCGCCGCGUGAGGCACGACGCAGGUCCCGGACCAGUCUAGGGGCCGGAUAUCCUGCUCCGCCUCCUGUAAAUCGAUACGGAGGAGUUUUUGCGGCUGGCCAGAGCAAUGAUCCUUAUCAGUUCUACACCUCUAGGACAAGGAGUAUCACCAUGGAUCCAACUGGACAAAGGGCAGGAGGUGCUUCGUCCUCUUCCUCCUCCUCACGUAGGCGCAGCGCCCACUACGAAGUGGCAUCCAUUAAUCGGCUGAUGGCGGCUGGGCCAUCGCCUUUCAGUAUGCCAAACCAGCACCAUAUACAUCGACGUCGUUUAACUGGAGAGUCUGGGUCAUCGUCACGGCAGCGUGCUUUACCCCCUCCCCCACAGAUUGCAGAGGAGGAUGAGUGCCCCAUUUGCCACUUGGAGCUGCCAUCUCGGGAACUGCCGAAUUUUGAGGCUCUUCGAGAGUCGCAUAUUACUUCCUGUAUCCAAUCACACAGCACAUAUGGCAGUCCUCGUGGGGCAUCGGACGGCGCUGCACCGCUUCCCCCUCCCAGGCGCACUGGCAUGUAUACGUAUCCCGCCACAGAGAAGGACUGCAUUGAUGACGCGGAAUGCACCAUCUGCUUAGAGGAGUUUACCGUCGGCAUUCCCAUGGCGCGGCUUGAGUGCCUUUGUCGGUUUCACCGGUCUUGUAUUUCAGCCUGGUUUGUCAAUCAUCCGGGAAGAUGUCCCGUGCAUCAACACGACGGAUUCGGGUACUAGAUGGAAGAUAGGCGGCGGCCGGCUGGUCACUUGUUUGUUUUACAGAUCCGUUCGUUUGCAUAUUGGAGUAUUCGGCGCACUUGAGGCCAGAUUUGAAAGAUUUUACAGCUUGCUUGCCCAGGCAUAUACCGGAUUCCCCUCCUUUUGAUGAUAUCACUUAUUUCGUACAGCAUGCAGACUACAGGCCAAAGGGUGCUGCUGGCAAAUAACAGUCUCGGGUUGGCUGAAGCGAAUUUAACGAAUUUAAGAGAUGUAUGGUAGCGUUUGAAAUUAAUAUACAGAACUCUCUUCUUCCCUUUCCGUCUGCAGAGUACAAUUUAUCGUCACCGACAUCUUCUUGGGCCUCUGGCAGU